AUGUGUGAGGUCAAUAACUUGGAAGAUGGCAACACUCUUCCGUCCAUGAUUCUUGAGUAUGACGAAGUACUGUUCGUCACAUGGGAGGUUCCGGUGGUCGGACAGCUCCGGCAUGUGGGCCACCGCUCGACAGCCCAGAGGCGGUGUCACUUGGGCCAAGCGGCCGAUGACGUCGGAUGGCAACUAAUUCUUGGUGAAAACCAGAACGUUACCAUUCCCUAUGUAUUUCGUAGAUACGUGGUAGAGUGCAAGUUGCAUCUAUCUUUGCACAGCCCGCUGCCCUCCGAUGCUGACAGUGUCGGGACGCGUGACAUCUUCGUUCACGAACGAAUCGGAAAUUCGGGCGUCAAGCGGCGCUGGCUUGGAUUAGCCUUUCCGCUUUCCGCGCAGGACGGGAGUGGCUUAUGGCCUCCAAUGCCACGCGUCGGCGCCUUAUCCAACCCGGGAGCUGACAAAACCCCCUUAGGCCUUUACGACAGCCUCAACACAGCACAUGCGGCGAAUCCGAGGAUGAUGAUGAUCAUGGAAACUGCGAGUUCGCCGGACGGAGCCGCCUCCCCUGACUCGGGCCCGCCGGCAUCCACCACCGAAACUCCGCCCGCAUCGGUCACAGAACUGAAUAUGCCACCUCGUCGAAGGCCGAUCCCGAGAAAGGGACACACCAAAUCGCGUCGGGGUUGCUUUAACUGCAAGCGAAGGAAAGUCAAAUGCCAGGAGACCCGGCCAGAAUGCUCCAACUGCACUCGCAUCGGCCUUGUCUGCAAGUACCCGGACGGCCGGUCCCAGUCGGCGCCGGGCCUCUCGGCAUCGGACGAGGCCGCAUUAUCCGUGAUCAGUUCGCCAUCAGCUCCGCUCCAGUCGAGCCCAACCUUCUUCACCCACGCCGACAUGCGCUUCUUCCAUCACUUCCUUGUCGCCGGGUAUCCGCCGCUGCCCAUCUUUGGCGACCACAUAUGGGGCAGCGUGGCUACGAUGUCGCACACUUAUGAUUACUUGAUGCAUGCUAUGCUGGGAAUGGCCGCCUCGCAUCUCACCAUCUAUGGCGCCGACUUCUCGGCCCAGGCGCUGUCUCACCGUGUCAAAGCCAUUCAAUGUCUGAACCAGGCCCUGAGCACGCCUGCCCGGUCCGCCGCCGAGGGCGACGCCCGGUUUGGUGCCAUGAUGGCACUGGCCUUCCAGGCCUCGUGCAUGCCUGAUGGAAUGAACGAGUUCAUGUCAAUGAUCAAGGGCUGCCACCUCAUCGCCAAAGAAUCGCUGCUGUCUUUCAGAGAUUCGCUCUUCCAGGAGUUCACCCAGGCGGGCUACUCUCAGAGCGUUAGGAGGGCUCUCGGACCAGGAGGGUUCGCGCUGCGGCGAGACCAAGAAGUCGUGAUUGAUGACUUCCUGAAGUCACUGCGGGCACUGGCUCCCCUAUGCACAAGCCCGCUAGAGAUCCGGCUCAUUGCUUCGACAGAACGCAUCGCAAAGUUAGCGAUGUGGUCCGCGGCUGAAGCCUUUGCCCAGUUCGCCGCUCAGUAUACCCUAGUAUUCCACGCGAGCAACGAAGACUUCCUCUCGUUGACAGACGCCAGCAACCACGGCGGUCAGCUCCUCCUCUUGCACUUCAUCCUCAUCGAGUUUGCCAUCGGCCACAUGGCGCUGGGCAAGCUUGGGUGGCGGUUCGCCUACCGUGCGAAGAGCUGCAUCGCAUGGAUGGAGCGAGUUGUCAACGCACUGCCUCCUGAGUAUAACACUUACGCCGAGUGGCCAACGACGUUUGUGAGAGAGUACCUGGCGGGCAAUUGGUGCAUGGCGGUGGCCUUGCUCGGCAACACCAACCGCAUGUCCGAAACAGAGCACCACAACGCGCCGGGGGGCGCAAUGAGAGAGGAGGACGGGACGGAGAGGCAAGAUUGGAGUUUCAAGGGUCGGCUUGAAGAGAGCGCCGCCCAUCGUCACGGGCAGUGGAAACGCAGUGAGACAUACCGCCGGAAGCUCCCCCGAGGAUUGCUUGGACGAAGGGAUAAUGUGCCGGCAGAGGACUUGAAAAGGUCGGCUACUUAGCGGAUUGGGGUUACCAGCUUUUGACCACAUGGAACCUUUUGUGAGCCCCUAUACUCUAUCUGUGCCCUUUAGAGGUCCUGUUGGAUGUUGAAUCGGUCGGCAAACUGGGGUUAGCCUUUCGUGUUUGCGGUAGAUGAAUAGAAAGCCUCGACUCGGGGACAACAAACAAAGCUCGGGACUACUGCACA